AUGACAAGCAACGAGUCUCCUUCAUACACAACACAACAUUCUAAUACAUCAACGUAUUCAAAUGAAAGUGAAAUAUCUUCACCAUCACCAUCACCAUCACCAUUAUCAGCAAACAAUACAGUUCAAUAUGGACCAAUUCAAAUUCGUCUUUGUCGGAGACCAGCUCCAACAAUAGCAACUGGUCGUCGACCAAAACAUCUUGUUCUAGCUGGUGAAGAAGCUAUUAAACGUGAAAAACGUCGUGAAAAAAAUCGAGAGGCAGCACGAAAAUUGAAAGAAAGACGACAAUGUAUCGAAGAUGAACUUAAUCAAAAACUCAAAGAACUUCAAGGUGAACAUGCAAAGUUACAAGAAUAUCUUCAACAACUUCAACAAAGAAAACAACAUUUACAAGAGAAAGUAAAUAAUUGCCUUAAUAAUCCUAUGGAUGAAUUAUUAUUAAAUGAUAGUCAAGAUAUUACUUUAUUUUUGGAACAAUAUUUAGGUGAUCUGGAUCUUUUUGAUGAAUCAAAAGAAAGUGAUUUUGAUUUUGAUUUUGAUUUCGAUGUAGACAUUAGUUCAAUUCAAUGA